GAUCUGCCUCGUUGGGCAACGGAAGGCGCAAUGGUUUUGUAGGUUCGUAGAGUAUACGAUACAUGAUACAUUUGCAGCAAAGUGAGCGCGCACGGUUUUCUGAUGUGUCAUGCCGUUUAUGUCGCUUUGGAUAGCUUUUAGUGCAUUCCAGAAUAGUUACGACGAUAAAGCAACUCGAUAGUUCGAUCACCGCUAGCAGAGGUCCCCCCCACUCCGUCGACGAUGCGUCUGCUCCGAUAUGGAAACGACGAAAUAAGCCUGACCGACGAUCUGACCAGCGAUAUUCCACCGUAUGCGAUCCUGUCUCACACCUGGGGCCAUGACAGUGAGGAGGUCACCUUCCAAGACGUGGUGGAAAAGAGGGGGAAAGCUAAGCGCGAUGGCCUCGAGUACUUUUGGGUGGACACGUGCUGCAUCGACAAGUCAAAUCACAAUGAACUCGCCAGAGCCAUUAAUUCCAUGUUUCGAUGGUAUCGAAACGCAACUCACUGUUACGUGUAUUUGCCGGAUGUAUCGACAAGGUCAAUCAGUUCAUCAGGUUCGUGGGAGACUCAGUUCUCACGGAGCCGGUGGUUUACCCGAGGAUGGACGCUUCAAGAGCUUCUUGCUCCCGCUUCGGUCCAAUUCUUUUCGGUCGAAGGCGACCUCUUGGGUAACAAGGUGGGUCUGGUCGAUGAGAUCCAUGACACCACCAAGAUUAAGAUCUCAGCACUUCAGGGGGCACCACUGGCACGAUUUUCUGUCCACGAGCGGAUGAGCUGGUCUCGCCGGCGCCAGACGACAGAAGAGGAGGAUGUGGCCUACUGCCUACUAGGGAUAUUCGACGUAUUUAUACCGCUGAUAUAUGGUGAAGGCGAGGCAAAUGCACUAAGCCGGCUGCAAGAGGAGAUCGAUAAGCGGAGAGGCAUGCCUGACUCCAACUUCCGACGCGGACCCGCCGUUCAAUGUCAGAAGCGACACAGGAGGCUUAUCUUUUAG